AUGGCCUGCGGGGCGACCAGCCACAGGGACAACAAUCCGGCCACCGACACUGUGCUUGAAGUUGGUCAGAGACUUUUCAAUGUGAACCGGGUUAUGCUGGCGUCGGCCAGCGAGUAUUUCCGGGCCUUGUUCGGCGGCGGCGCCAGAGAAAGCUCGGAGAAUCACAUCGUGCUGCGAGGCCUGGAUCCCGAGGCCUUCCAGCUGCUGCUGGGCUUCGCCGCCCGGGGCCGAGUGAGUGUGGACCGGCAGAAUGUGGAGGCCUUGCUGGAGGCGGCCGAUUUCCUACUCUUUGACCGGGUCAAGCUGCUGUGCGCCGCCUUCCUGCAACGGGAGCUGCGGGUGGGAAACUGCGCGGGGGCCCUGGCCUUGGCCCAGCGCCUCGCCUGUCCCGGCCUAGCUGCCGCCGCCCGCGGGGUGGCCCUCACCCACCUGGCCGCCUUCAUGGCCGAGGAGGAAGAGUUCCUGCAACUUCCCAAAGAGGCUCCGGCUGAGCUCUUGGCCAGUGACCACCUGUACGUGACCAAGGAAGACCAGGUGUUUGAAGCAGUGAUGAAGUGGGUGAGUCACCACGACAGCAGAGAAGGCCAACUCCUGGAGCUGCUGGCCUUGGUCAGGGCCCCCUUCCUGAGCCUGGCCUUCCUUGACCUACUCAUUAAACGCUCCAAGCGCCGCCUGGAGGAUGACCCUCACAGCAGGCUCCUGAGAAUAUUAAACCACAACCUUCCCCAGAGCUGGACAAAGACCCAAUCCCAGCCCCAAAGCAGCAGGAGCUAUGAGACCAUGUAUGUUCUGGGGGGGAAACACGAUCAAGAACAGCAGGAACUAUUUCAGUUUCAUCCUAAAACCAACACCUGGCAAGCCUGCUCUCCUCUUCGACGCAGAAACCUCACCCAAUAUGCGGUAGCAGCAGUAGGGAAUUUCAUCUUUGUGACGGGAGGGUACUUCCGAGAUGAGGUGGUGUGGUACUGUGUGGACUGGGUGCUGAUUUAUAACUACUGUGAAGACAGUUGGAUGGAAGGACCAGCGAUGAAGCAGUCUCGCAACUGGCACUGUGCAGUUGGUGUUGGGAUGUACCUUUACGUGCUGGGCGGGAGUACUGAUGCAGCUGUUAUCGCUGAUGUUGAGCGACUGCCAUUGAUGGCCACAGAUUGGGAGGACAUGGAGCCAAUGGUGGAACCCGUGGAGAGGGCUGCAGUGGUCAGUGCUGGCACCAAUAUAUAUGUUUUGUGUGGACUGGAUGAAAAAGGCGAUGUUUACAGCGGGGUGCAGCGGCUGGACGUGGACAAUGACGUUUGGGAUGUGAUCUCCUUCUCCCCUCUUCCUCGGUAUGAUCUCUGUGCCACCAUUCUGAAUGGUGCAAUAUACGUAGUGGGAGGUCAGACAUUCCGUCUGGACACAGACACUGACGAGUGGACCCCAGUGGACGAGGAAUGCUUGAAUCAAAAGUUCUUCAGCGGCUGCACUACUGUUAAUGGGAGGAUCUUUCUCCUUGCAGAGAGGAGAGGGAACACAUCAAUCCCAAACAUGGUUCUCUUCGACCCUUAUACAGACACAUGUCAGGUGGUGGAUGUGGCUGUGCCCUGCCCACUCCCUAUACGAAGCUGUGUGUCCAUCCAAAAGUUCAAUGUGAGGUCUGGGGUCUAAUCAGAUUAAGAGAGGAUGAGUUGUUUGUAUUGCUAGCCUCAGAUCAGUACUACUUUUUGAGAGUGGCAUCAAGACUGGGGAAAUCACUGCCAGCUUUCCCAGUACAGGAGAGACUGCAAUCGCUAUCGCACUGAGGCUGCCAUGAACAGAAUCUGGGAUCCUGAUUGGUACUUUAUCUAAUGUACCAUUAAAAGGCACCUUGCAAUUUGCCCCUUAAUAACCCAGGGAGUAUGCAUUAAUUAUAAGCUCCUAC